UUUUUACUGCUUUUAAUAGCUUUUCUCUCUCUCUCUUUCUCUCAGAAACAUGGAGCAGCCAAGUCAGAGGAGACUAACAUCAUCGGAGCAAUCGUGAAUCUGCUUUGAUUGGCAAUUAGAUCUUGAUAUAUGGAGUUAAGAUUGAACAUGGAUCGCAAAGAGAGGCUAUCUGCAAACACCUGGAAAAAUUCUUCUUCCUCUGGAAAUGAAUUACUGAAAAAUAUCUCCUCAGGUCAACCAUCUUUUACCAAUUUCAAUUCUCAGCAACCUCAGCAGAAAUGGGAGGAUUCUUCCGUGGUAGAUUACAGCACCAGGAUUGAGCCACCUUUCCAAGAGUUCAAGCAACAUUCUGAAACCCAAUCAUCACGUCCUGGCAACCCCAACAAUCAAAUUAGGCUUCCAGACCGAGAAGAUAGUCAUAUGAGUGAAUCACUCCAAAAUGAUAAAAUCCAAGACUGGGAUCCAAAAGCAAUGCUUAGCAAUCUCUCUUUCCUGGAAGAAAAGAUCCAUCAGCUUCAGGACUUGGUGCAUUUGGUUGUUGGCAGGAGAGGCCAAGUAUUGGGGCGGCCAGAUGAACUUGUAGCUCAGCAACAGCAGCUCAUCACUGCUGAUCUUACGUCAAUAAUUGUUCAGUUGAUCUCUACUGCAGGUAGUCUUCUCCCAUCUGUGAAGCAUACCCUUUCCAGCACUACUCCCAUCGGACAGCUUGGUGGGGUUUUCUUGCCUUCCAUGUUAGGCCUAAAUGGUGGUGUUCAGGCACAAAAUGAUGGUGGGAGCAAAGUUUCUGAUCAGUCAAACCAGAUAGAUAUAACGGGUAAUUGUGUGAAUGAACAAAAUUACAAUAUUGAAGAACAUGAAUCAAAAGAUGAUGAAGAUGCUGAUGAAGGAGAGAACCUUCCACCUGGUUCUUAUGAAAUCUUACAGUUAGAAAAAGAAGAAAUCCUUGCACCUCACACGCACUUUUGUACGAUAUGUGGGAAGGGAUUCAAGCGGGAUGCAAAUCUACGGAUGCACAUGAGAGGUCAUGGGGACGAGUACAAAACCCCAGCAGCCCUUGCAAAGCCCAAUAAAGAGUCCAGCUCUGAACCAAUGCUUAUCAAGAGGUAUUCCUGCCCAUAUGCUGGCUGCAAGCGGAACAAGGAUCACAAAAAGUUUCAGCCUCUUAAGACCAUUCUGUGUGUCAAAAACCAUUAUAAAAGAACCCAUUGCGACAAAAGCUUUAUUUGCAGCAGAUGCAACACAAAGAAAUUCUCAGUUAUUGCAGAUCUCAAAACUCAUGAAAAGCAUUGUGGUAAGGAUAAAUGGCUUUGUUCCUGUGGCACAACAUUCUCAAGGAAAGACAAGCUUUUUGGACACAUUGCUCUUUUCCAAGGCCACACUCCUGCUAUUCCCCUUGAUGAAACUAAAGCCCCAUCUGGACCGCCUGAUCGAGGGGAAGGCAAUGAAGCAAUAAGUAAGGUCAGAAGCAUAAUCAAUUUUGGUUCCAAUGCUCCUAGUGGGAGUGGAGUACAAAAUACUGCGGAUGUGAAGGGGAGUAUGGAGGACCCGACCAGUUAUUUCUCACCAUUGAGCUUCGACACAUGUAAUUUUGGUGGGUUUCAUGAGUUCCCUCGACCCCCAUUUGAAGAUUCUGAGAGUUCCUUCUCCUUUCUUAUACAAGGGUCUUCUAAUUACACUUUACCAGGGUCUUGUAAUUACACUCAGAAAAGUGGAGCAGAGUCAAGUUCUAAUAAUCUUGAGUGAUGUUGAUGAUUUGUAAGUUGAAGUGAUCUCGUCUACUAUUUAAUUUCUUUUGCUUUAAUAAAUAUUGUUCUUCUUUAAA